AUGGAUACAAAUGCUCCACGUUUGGAUAAUUAUGAAUUUACUAUGGAUGAACCAGUUAAAGAUACAUUGAUAAGAGAUGUAAAAAGUAUAUUUAAAAAAAUACUUUAUAUAUGUUUUCAUCAAUACGAUGAUUCUAAUACCAUAAAGAAAUGGGAUUUAUGGGGAUCUUUCAUUGUUUAUAUAACAUUAUCAAUAAUAAUAUUUUUAGAUGAGGAAGUUAUUGAUAAAAAAAAUACUUUUGCAUAUUUUUUUGUUUUCUUCAUUAUUGGGCACAUUUUAGUAUCUUUGAAUCUGUCUUUAUUACAUAUUAAUAUACAAUUUUUCCAGUCAUUGUGUAUUAUCAGUUAUUCGUUAUUCCCUUUAGUUUUUUCGUCUUUUUUAAAUUUAUUUAUAUCUUCUCCAGCGUUACGUUUUUUAUUUUCUUUUUUUUCUAUUGUGUGGUCUUCUUACAAUUGCAUUUUAAUUUUAGCAAAAUUUAUAAAAAAGAACAGACUGCUGAUUUCACUAUUUCCAAUUUGUUUGUUACACGUUUUUAUAGCUACAUUUUUAUUGAUAAAAUAG